AUGGAGCCCCCUUCGAAGAAAAUGCGGACGCUCUUGGAUGAUGAUAGCUCUGACUCUGGCGAUGAUGCUGGUGGUGUACCCGUCAGCAAGUCGCCAGAAGCUGGCUUCAAGAUCAACGAAGAUUAUGCCAAACGGUUCGAGUACAAUAAGAAGCGGGAGGAGGUUGCAAAGCUGGAAGCGAAAUACGGCAAGACAACCACUCUAAGCAAACGCGGCUACGAAAUGGAGGAGGAAGAUGAGUCUUCCACUGACGAGGAGGAGGAUGAUAUUGGAGAGCUUGCAACGGAGGCGCUCGAUGUAGAAAUCAUGGAAACUCUCAACGCUAUCCGAAACAAGGACCCGCGCGUGUACGAUACCAACGUCACUUUCUACUCCAAAUUCGACGAAGACGAGGCCAACGCAGCUCCCAAGGAGAAGAAAGAAAAGCCCAUGACAUUGCACGACUACCAUCGCAAGAAUCUGCUGAGCGGCGCUCCCACUGGAGAAGAAGAUGCUCCCAUGACUUUUGCGCAAGAACAAGCUGAGCUGAAGAAUGCACUCGUCAAGGAGUUGCAUGCAUCGGAUGAUGAGAUGGAGGAUGCGGAUGACUUCCUAGUCCGCAAGUCUGCCCCAGAGCCAGUUGAGAAAAAGGAAGUCAAGCUGGACAUCGAGGGUGCCGACAAGGACCCAGAGACCUUCCUCUCCAACUUCUUGUCCGCUCGAGCAUGGGUUCCUGAAGGUCGGCCGGAACUCCAACCCUUCGAUUCCGAUGAUGAUGAGGAGGUCGAUCGGGCCGAUGCCCUUGAGGAGGCGUACAACUUCCGCUUUGAGGAUCCCAACAAACUCAACGAGGUGCUGGUCACCCACGCUCGUGAUGCAACCAACAAACAAUCCGCCCGAAGAGAAGAGAAGAGCUCCCGCAAAAAGAUUCGUGAGGCCGAACGUCAGCGCAAGGAGGAGGAAGCAAAGCAGCGCGAGACCGAUAAGAACCGGCUGCGCAAGCUCAAGACCGAAGAACUGCAGAAGAAGAUCGAGCAAAUCAAGGAAGUGGCUGGAUUCAGAGCAUCGGAACUCACCGACGAUGACUGGAUUCGCUUCCUCGAUGGUUCCUGGGACGACAAGGAAUGGGAAAAGGAGAUGGAGCAGCGAUUUGGCACGGACUACUACGCUGAGGAUGCUGCUUCUGGCGAUAAGAAGCAUCCCAAGAAGCCUGAGUGGGACGAUGAUCUCGAUAUCACUGACCUGAUUCCGGACUACAAGGAUGAGGACGGAGAUCAACCCACUUUAGAAUUGGAUGAGGAGAAUGAAGACGAUGGCGAAGACGAGGCUCCAGCCUCCAAGAAGAGCAAAACACAGGAUAAGCGCGACCAAAAGAGGGAGGCUCGCAAGGAACGAAUGCGCAUCCAGGAGGCUGUUGACCGCAAUCUGGACCUGGACAUUACCUUGCUUCCUGGUGCCACCAAGAAGAACUCUACCAAGUUCCGUUACCGUGAGACUUCGCCCCAGAGCUUUGGCUUGACAGCACGGGAUAUUCUCAUGGCCGAUGAUACCCAGCUCAACCAGUUCGCUGGUCUCAAGAAGCUCGCCUCUUUCCGUGAUGAGGAGAAGAAGGCGAAGGAUCAGAGAAAACUGGGCAAGAAGGCGCGUCUUCGCCAGUGGCGCAAGGAUACUUUCGGUGAUGAGGCCGGUCCUUCCUUUGACUUGGGUCCCAAGGUCCAGGAGACUGCGGAUGAGCAGGCCGGUGAUGAUAUGAAGGUCGAUAUCCGCGAGGGUGAUGGACGCAAGAAGCGUAAGCGGUCUAAGAAGCACUAA